AUGGCAGAAUUCACUCAUGAAAGCAUGGAAGAUCAAGAGGAAGAGAGUUUACACGAGGAAGUGUUAGAUUUUGCACCGGCAGCACUGGAUGAUUCUCUACUAGAAGUGGAAGAUUCUUUGCAGGAAAUAAACUUAGGGACAGAAGAAGAUUCAAGACCUACUUUCAUUAGUGUACUGUUAAAAGAACCACUCAGGAGUGAGAUCAUUACACUUUUGCAUGAGUUUGGAGAUUGUUUUGCUUGGCAUUACCAUGAGAUGCCUGGACUGGACAGAAAACUAGUAGAGCACAAGCUGCCAAUCAAAGAUGGCUACCUUCCAGUCAAACAAGCCAGAAGAAGAAUGUCUAUGGACACAGAACUGAAGGUCAAAGAAGAAAUAGAAAGAUUGCUCAAGGUAGGAUUCAUCAGACCAGCCAUUUAUGCUGAUUGGCUAGCCAAUAUUGUACCGGUUCUGAAAAGAAAAACAGGGGCAGUUAGAAUUUGUGUGGACUACAAAAAUCUGAAUGAAGCGUCUCCUAAGGAUGAAUAUCCUAUGCCAAUGGCAGAUAUGCUAGUAGAUGGAGUUGCUCAUAACCAGAUGCUAUCCUUCAUAUAUGGUAAUGCAGGUUAUAAUCAGAUUAUGGUGGCAGAAGAAGACAUCCACAAGACAGCUUUCAUGUGCCCAGGACAUAUAGGUGCUUUUGAAUAUACUGUAAUGCCUUUUGGCCUAAGAAAUGCAGGAGCCACUUAUUAA